CUUCGUGUGGACUGAAAGGCGGCGAAGGAUCACAGAAUGGGUCUCCGCCAGUACAGCAAGCGCGUCCCUGGUGGCCGUCGUGAUCGUUCUCACUCUUACAGCACUGCUCUCAAGGAGUCCUCGUACUAGACAGCCGCUGCGGAGGCAAAGUUUCAAGAUGCUCUGCGCGGUGACGGUGUGUAGUAUUCCAUAUGCUGCUGCUUUCCUGGUUGAGACACUGUUGAGAGGGCCUUCUCGAUGGUGUUCGGUUUCUAUAUUCUUCGGAUUCCUCACACACAACUUUAUCAACUUUGUGGUCAUGUUAAUCUCCGUCAAUCUACAGCUGGUAAUCGUCCACGGACGUAAAACAGAGGGCUUCUUCCAAUGGUAUAUCUUAGGAUCGUCGGUCCUGGCUUUAAUAAUCGUAAUUCCCGGUACCAUAGAAAACGUCUGGGGAUGGGACCCUGUCACGGGGAUAUGCUACGUUCGUCUCAAAGAUCCCGUCGAACGCACAGCAUGGCAGGUCGGAACAGGCUAUUUCUGGACGCUUGCGAGCGCCGUGAUUGCCUUCAUAUCCACGAUCGCCGUCGUUGUAUACCUCAUAUCUCGUCGAAUUCGUCUUGAUCACGUCCUCCACCAAACUGGCACUAGUCGGCUCCCUAAUGAAAAUAUCUUCCGUGCAGCUGCGUGGCGGAUAAUGGCGUAUCCUAUUGUAAUGAUCAUAUAUAAUGUCAUUUCGGCCGCGUCGGAUCUGAGUUUGGACCAAAGCAAGGGAAUUACCACCUUUGCAGGGUAUGCUCUCUGGACGACAUAUGGAUUCGUUUAUGGGUCCCUGCCGCUGUUAUACUCUCUCAUACUGGUGUUUGUGGACCCGUCUUUCUCGGUAGCCUUGCGGGACUUCUGGAAACAAACCAGCAGUACGAAUACCGAUGAAGGGGAAAGAUCUGCCCUGUCCUCCAGCGUUCACAUCCACUUGGGACCUCCUGAAGGCGUCCCCGAUGAUAUUGGGGAGGAGCUCAGAGAUAUGAGCGGUCUCAGGUCACAAGGAAGCCUAGCCGGUGCUAAAGGCCACGCUGAGCACCACGAAUCCGACACUGAGUCGGUCAACCACACUCCUCUAACAUCUAAAGAUCCACCGGCUGCUCUGGAGGCUACCCGGGAUAUUCUGUUGGUCAGAAGGGAGUUCCAGGAAAGGAGGCGGCGAGCAAGGUCUGAGUUGAGGACUCGGCUGCAGGCUGAAUUAGACCAGAUAUGACGGCUCAUACUCAGAGGCCUGACGAUUU